AUGGCGGGUGUUCUCCCAGGCAAGCCGCUGGUUCCAGAGCUUGACUUCAGUUCGCAACCGUACGGAAAUCUAUCUAAACGUUUCGAUAUUGAUGCGGCUGAAGCGCGAAGCGUCAUCGAAGAGAAGCUGCCCGUUCUCGCGCAACUGAAUGCUCUUGUCUCGGUAGCAUUCGGCACAAAUCCACCUCUCUUCGUUGACGCUCGAGCCCCCGGUUCUCCGGCCAAACUCCUUGACACUCCUCCCGAGGAUGGGGCGGAACCGGACAGUCAGGUGACCAUUCAACCUGCUUCUAUCAUCCAGUUCGCCCAGGGCCAUCUAGAGCCUAGGUUCGGACUUUUUAAGGAUGCCUAUCUUUACGACACGGCGAUGCGCAAGGAGACUAUACCUCUUGCUAUCAAGUUUGCUGACCUCCUGACGCCGCAAGGACCUCCAGCAGAGGCUAAGUUGCCUGUUCCAGGAGUCCUUGAACAACUACCGGUCCCGACGGAAGAUAUAGCCCAAGUGAAACGGGAUAUUAAACAGUUUGGGUACGGUUUCGUUAAGAAUGCACUUACGCCGACUCAAGUAGCUGUCCUCAGAAAGGCCGUAGAAGAACAAGCAGCAGGCGAGCGCAAAGCCGGCAUUGCGAGGAUGGACAGUGGGCCAGAUGCCGGCAGCGGUCCGAACCAACGCCUCUGGGUACUCACUAACAAAGGCGACGAGUUCCUAGAUCUGCUCAACCACCCCUUGAUUGACGAAAUAGUACCAUGGUUAAUUGGAGAUCACGCUCUUCUCCACGCGUACGCUGCCAAUAUCGCGCGUCCGGGAAAUAUCCCAAUGCAGAUGCAUACGGAUCAAGUCGCCAUCCAACCCCCAAUCAGGGAUUUAGUCUUCGGUGUGAACAUCAUGUUCUGUCUUACCGAUAUGCAUGCUAGCAACGGGGCUACAAGAGUCAUCCCUGGGUCACACCUAGGCCACGUCGCUCCGGCCGAUAUCUUCAGCACCGAAGGCACGAUCGCUGCGGAGGCGCCCGCGGGUACCGCUUUCAUAUUCGAAAGCCGGAUCUGGCACGGGACGGGUGCCAAUACUCUGACUCCUGGCUCGCCUGAUUCAGAACGUCCCGCUAUCCUUAUGUUUUUCAUGCGCUCGUUCAUCCGUUCGCAAGAAAACUAUCCCUUAUCAUUACGCCCCGAUGUUGCCCCAAAGUUGUCGAAACGACAGAGAAAAUUCUUGGGAUUCUGUGCUACGGGUGCUGUUGGCGGCCAAGACGGCGACAUACGUGAAGGGGUGUAUUUCGAUCGCAGGGAAGAUUGUCCGGGGGCUAUUCGCGCGCCUCAUGAACCAUAUAUGCCAAAAUAUACUAAUGGCGUUUGAGUUGCGCUUACAUGUGAUAAUUUAGUAUAAGAAACAAAUGAAAUUGAUCAUAUCUCAUGUUACCAGCUAAUAGGACGAUAAUGUGACAUAAUGAGCGAAUCCAACAGAUAACCUCUGAAACGAAAGUAUUCCAUAUCCAGCACCCACAAGGUCAGCCAUAAAUACUACCCACCAACCGAAAC